GUAGAGCAAAAAAAAUCGGACCGAUUCCUAAUUUGGAGCGCGUUUGUUAGCGCGACUGCCUGUUUUUCUCGUUAUCCUCUUCCAUCGCGGUGCCAUGGUCAAGCACUCGUCCAUUGCCGAGGCAUACUCCAUUCUCGGUCUUCAAGAGGGUGCCACUCUUGAGGAGGUCAAGUCUGCUUAUAGGCAGCAUGCGCUGCGCACUCAUCCAGACAAAAAUCCCAACAAUGCCGAUGCUACUGCACAGUUUCAGGCAGUCGGUGAUGCAUACACUGUCCUCCAAAGGCACCUGGAUCCACCUACGGGCCCCAGACGGAUGCAUUCUCAUGGCAUGGACGACGACGAAUAUGACGACUACGAGGACUACGGGGACUACGAGGACGAUCUCUAUGACUCUGAGGACGAAGCAGCCCGCACUGCAUUUUUCAAAUACGUUUUCUCCCAGUUUGUGAAUGGGGUACAUAUGCGGUUUAAGCGAUCCGACCCUCACCGUAAUUAUCGUCGUCGAUCUCUCUCCCCUGAAACCCCCGAACAAUAUAGGGCUCGAAUCGAACGGACUCGCGCAGAGCAAAUCGAGGCCGAAAAACGGCGCGCUGAAGAGGCAGCUGAACGCAAAGCUUUUGAAGCACGGCAACGCGAGAAGGAACGUAAAGAGGCAGCUGAGAGGCAACAAGCUAAAUUAGCGUCCAAAAAGGCAGAAUCUGUAGCCGCUCGUAAAAGAGCGGCUGAGACUGCUGAGGCUCAGCAACGGCGUGCCCAGACCAUAAGAUCAGAAGCUUUUUCGGCUGCACGUAAGGGAGACGCCAUCAAAGUCAGGAAGGCGGUUUGGGAAGAAAAUGUCGAUGCUGCUGGAGGCGAAAUCAAACCUGGUUGCGAAACCCACGUCAAGAGGCCACCUGAAGAUCCGAAGGAAACACUGUUACAUAUUGCUACACAGCGAAGUGAUGUCGACCUCGUGGUGUGGCUAGACGCCCACAGUGCAGAUCCGGAAGAGCGCAACUCUGCAGGGCUGUCGGCCUUCCACUUGGCUCUUCGGCAUGGUUGCAUCCCAAUCAUAAACCAUUUCUUCCAGUCAUAUGAUCCGAAGCAAGACGACGACCAUAGUGCAAUUUAUAGCCUCUCACCACCAAUGUCGCUUCUUUCUCUAGCUUUGGAAUCUGGCCAGCCCGAGGUUGUGUGGUUGAUCCUCGAAAAGGGUCUGGCUUCCACCCAAGAUAUCGGAAAUGCGUGGACGCAGGUUACGUCUGGACAGACCAAUCAGCCCCUGUUCAAGAAACUUCCCCGAGAUAGUGUCAAGUUUUCAGAGAUCCAGAACCUUCUGAUGACGUUUGGAGGGUUCACACCGCCACCCACACCAAAGGUCUCGAUCUCAAAGGAUACGAGACAUAAUUCACCUUCUCCCCUUUCGCCGUUUGCGCCGGACGGCUCUGCCAAGAGUCGUCAGCAGGCUCGUCCUAAAAAACCAAGCGUCAAUCAAGUUCGUCCCAACGCCCAACCUGCCAAAUUACCCCACAACAGCGCCCCCCCUCCCCCCUCAGAACCCAGCAAAAUCCCUGCGCGGGGUCCCGGUGGCGGACGUGGGCAGGGUCGCGGACGGGGUCGUGGACGGGGUCGUGGUCGCGGACGUGGAACCUAGAUUGUUAUUCAGUGAUCCCAUACCUCUGUUCCGUGUACUCCUCGGCAUCAGCAUAUCUCAUGAUUCUUUCAUUUCAUUCUUUCAUCACUUGGCACAUACCUCUCCUUCACAUCAAGCCUCUUCUUGACGCACCAUGCAUGCAUAAGUAUCAAUUGCGU